AUUUUAUUGCUUCUUGUUCUCAUUUUCAGUUUUCAAUUAAUGCUCUUUUUUUUUUUUUAUUCAUGCGUGCAAGCUAAUCUAAACUAUUUUUCUUGGUUCUUAAUACCUUUAACUCUCUUUAAGAUUCUGCAUUCAUCUUCCACCUCAAAUAUUUGUUUCCUCUCAAAUCCUUAAUUUAUACAAAAAACAAAAACAAAGUUAUUACCUAAAUACAUAUAUAUAGUUUCAUCAUUGUCAUUGUCCUAGAUUCCUUAUCUACUUCCAUCUCUUUCAAAGAUAAUUUUUCAAUUGAAGUUGCAAUGGGGAGUCAUAUGAGCAAGAAGAUUCCAGAAACUUCAUCUGCAGUUAACUUUACAACAACAGAAUUGAGCUACAAAACUGAGUUAAGUUCCUAUGAAGCAGCCUGCAAAAUGGACACAGAUUUGCAGACAUUUGAUUCAGCACUUCAUACAAGAACAAAUCAAGUCAUCAACACACUAGCUUCUGGCGUAGAAGUUCGAGCCCUUUCGUUCGAUUCGCUAAAACAAAUCACAGAAUGUCUCCUUGAUAUGAAUCAAGAAGUUGUAAAAGUAAUCUUGGAGUGCAAGAAAGACAUAUGGAAAAGCCAAGAAUUGUUUGAGUUAGUUGAAGAAUAUUUUGAAAAUAGUUUACAAACAUUGGAUUUCUGCACUGCAUUGGAAAAGUGCUUAAAAAGAGCUAGAGAUAGCCAAUUGCUUAUUCUUGUAGCAAUACAAAUAUUCGAGGAAGAAUCGGAAUCAGGAGAUAAAUGCUAUGCCAGAACAUUACAAGAAUUGAAGAAUUUUAAAUCAGCUGGUGAUCCUUUCACUGAGGAAUUUUUCCAAAUUUUUCAAUCUGUUUAUAGACAACAGAUUAUAAUGCUCGAAAAGCUUCAAAUCAGAAAGAAUAAGCUUGAUAAGAAGCUGAAAUGCAUUCAUUCAUGGAGAAAAGUUUCAAGCAUGAUAUUUGUAGCUACAUUUGCAGCUGUUUUGAUAUGUUCUGUUGUAGCAGCAGCUAUUGCAGCUCCACCUGUUGCGGCAGCAUUAGCUGCUUCUACAGCGAUACCUAUCGGUUCGAUGGGAAAAUGGAUUGAUUCACUAUGGAAGAAUUAUGAAAUUGCAUUGAAAGGACAGAAAGAAGUUAUUGGUUCAAUGCAGGCUGGUACAUUUAUAGCUAUAAAAGAUUUGGACAAUAUUCGCGUACUUAUCGAUCGGCUUGAAAUUGAGAUUGAAUCUUUGUUACAUAGUGUUGAUUUUGCAAUUGAAGAAGAAGCUGUGAAAAUUGCAAUAGAGGAGAUUAAGAAGAAGCUUAAUGUGUUUAUGAAGAAUGUUGAAGAUUUAGGAGUUCAAGCUGAUGUUUGUAGCCGCGACAUUCGAAGGGCAAGGACUGUUGUUCUCCAGAGAAUCAUAAAGCAAUCUUAAUUUGAAGAUCCUGUUAUUUAUUAUUUGUUUGUUUAAGGUUGGAGAACACAUAAUUUUCUUUAUGUGUAUGUUGUGAAAUUUGUUUAUUUAUGGAUCCAUGCAGCAGCACAAAUAGGUACCUGUUGAAGAUAAUAAUUAAUAUAUAGGAGAUAUAUAUAUUUGGUAUGUCUCUUGACACUUGCAACUAUAUAAAUUUAUUUUAUUCUUUUGAAACAA